AUGCGUACCUCGACGGUGUAUCAGCUCCUUGCCUUCGUGGCCCUUUGCACGGUCGGCGUUCUGGCUGCCCUGCCGGAUGUGAUCGAUGUGAAGAUCAAGAACCUCACCCCUGAGGACACGAUCUACGACCACACUCGCGAAGUGUUCUACCAGUCAAACCUCUACAAGGGUCGCAUUGCUGUCUACGACCCGAAGCGCCAGUCGCACUUCAACGUCGCCAUUGACGGCGCUUCGUCGUCGGGCGACGGUGACCAGCAGAUGUCGGGUCUCUCGCUGCUGACCCACGACAACUCGAAGCGCCUCUUCGCUGUGAUGAAGAACUCGCGCUCGUUCAACUUUGCUGACCAGUCGAGCCACGGCCCGAGCUCGUUCCAUGCCUUCUCGCUCCCGCUGAAAGAGAACAGCAAGCCCAUCUGGUCGGUCGAUCUGAAGAACGUCCAGGACCAGUUCGAGCAGCAGGCUGGCACUCGUCCGUUCGGUGUGGUCCAGUCCGCCCAGGACCGUGACGGCAACUCGUACAUUGCCUUUGAGCUCGGCAUGCCGGCUAUUGCCAAGGUUAGCGCUGACGGCAAGACCGUUACUCCGUGGUUCCACGAGAAGGGCAACGGUGGCCAGCGCCCAGGUUACUCGGGUAUCACCUUCGACCCGAUUGCCAACCGCAUUAUCGCCUUCGGUGGUCCUCGUGUCCUUACCGCGUUCGACCCAACCAGCAACAGCCCGAGAGCUAAGAACGUGAAGAUCAACGGCAACUUCGGCUCGCUCACUGGCUCGGAGAAGAUCGUGACCAUCCCGGUGAACGGCAAGAGCGUCCUGGUCGGUGCCCGCGCCCCCAACGCCGUGGCCUUCCACUCGGACGACAACUGGAAGUCGGCUUCCAUCAAGUCAACGCAUCGCAACGAGCUCAAGAACAGCGGCUUCACUGCUGUGACUGACUACUACAGCGGCAACGAGCAGGGUAUCUACGCUGUGAGCGCCUUCUUCGACAACGGCGCUCAUGGUGGCCGCUCGGACUUCCCGCUCUACAAGCUGGACUCGAGCAUCCUGCACUAA